AUGUGGCCGAAUGAAGAUGCAGAGUUGGCUGCUCUAGAGCGACUAUUUGACCGUAUCAAUGCAAUUCAGAAUGCAGGCUUUGCUCAAGAGCAAUCUCAACAGCAAGCUCUUCAUGCCUUGAAGAAUGAACGACAAAUGAUUGAAAAUGCUCUGCGUCAGCUUGACAUGAGUGAAGGGUCAAGUACAAAUGAUGAAGGUUUGACCAUCGCAUCGGUAGGCCCUUCGAUUCAGUAUUCGUUACCUUUGCUUCAUCGCGAGGAAGUGAAUUCGAUACCUCUGCUCUGUUCACACGCCGAUGAGCGCCGCCGUCUGCGUGCCCUAAUCUCGACGCCACCAUGGAGCUCGCGAGAUGUAGACUGUCUCCAUACCGCGGUUCAAAAUGAGCGCACUCGGCAAAAUAUCUUGUAUGGAACGCCUGACUCUUUAGACUGGAACAAUAUCGCCAUGCAUGUGCCAUAUCAUACGCCAGCCGAUUGUCGAACGCGGUGGAAUCUAUACCAACGGCCAGGACUGAAUCAUGCACGAUGGAGUGCAGCAGAAAAGAAAGACUUACUUGCGUAUGUCGAUCGAACAGAUACACCAUCAUGGGAAGAGGCUGCCUCUAUCCUGGGGACUGAAAGAACUGGAUUCCAGGCGCUAGAAAUGUACCAGCGUAGUGCAAAGCGGAGCAUUGAAUGGACGCCUGAACUUGACCAGGCACUUUUGAAAGCCGCCCGUGCUUUAGGACCCGAUUGGAAAGCCGUGGCUCUUCAGCUUGGAUACCCUGUUGGAUGUGCAUUUCUAUGUCACCAGCGACACAACAAGCUGAAAAGCCAAGCGCUCGUCAUGGGGCGCUGGAGUCCAGAGGAAGAUGCAGCUUUACGUUCAGCUGUAGCACGGUUCGGUUGUGAUUGGAAGCGUGUCGAGAUCUGUGUACAUGGGCGGACAGGGCAGCAGUGCCGCGAACGCUGGGUUGGUCGCCUUGCAAACAUUUCCUGA